AUGCAGCAUGCCCCCCGUGAGCUCGCUGAGCUGACACAGUCGCCUCCGCCAGGCAUUGUAUCGGUGGAAGCCAAUGAAAAUAACAUGUAUCAGUGGGAUGUGAUGAUCGCAGGAGCCGACACGCCGUAUGAAGGUGGAAAGUUCUCUCUUCUCUUCGAAUUCCCUAUUGAUUACCCAUUUAAGGGUCCUUCCGUGCAUUUCAAAAACAAAUUAUACCACCCUAAUGUGGACGAUGACGGUGCUAUGUGCAUUUCAUUGCUGAAAUCGGAUGCAUGGAAACCUACUACAAAAGCAACUACUAUCAUUACAUCUGUCCUUCAGUUGCUGCAGGAACCGCACCCAGAUGAUGCCCUGGUUGCCUCCAUCGCUGAACAGUACCUGAAUGACAGAGAUCAGUAUAACAAAACAGCUAGGGAAUAUACGUCCAAGUAUGCAGCAUCGUCAUAG